AUUCCACGUCACUCGAAGUUCGCUAAAAUGCCGUCAGCGUCUCCGCUCUCGACGCUGAGCGCGACGUUGCUGGCCUCUGUACCCGCGGACGCGUCAGAGCAAGAGUUGCAGGAUGUGGACUGGAUUGCAGUCUCCUCAGCACUCAAGGCGCUUCAUCUGCGCACGCAGGAGGAACUUAUGGAGCUAGGAACGGCCCUGGAUCGGGUCGAGACACCGGACCGUAUCAAUACAGUUGAAGAGCGUGGCGAUGUUUUAGCGGUCCACAAUGAGCUCAAGUCACUUCAACCGCAACUUACAGUUACAGAACAACACUUCCUACAGUUAGAGAGCAUUGUGCGACCAGGGCUCUCGAAGCUACAGACGCUUCAAAGUCGAGCCAAGUAUCUUGAAGCGGCUGUACAGGUGGAGAAACUGAGCCAAAAAGCCAAGAAACAAGCUGUCCAAGCCACACCGGACGCUCUUGAAGCGUUCAAAACAUUUGCCACUUGUGCUGCUGCUAUUCCUAACGAAUUUUCAGUUAUCAAAAGAGAAGCAGCUCGUCGCGUGGAGGAUUUAUCUGUAGAUCUCCGUCAGUUUGCAGUGGAGAAACUCCAGUUGGCACUGGAAAACGUCGGAUGGCCAGAACUGCUGAAAACGCAGCAGGAACUCACUGAAAAGGUGUUGAAACAACACCAAAAGGAGUAAAAAAAAGUCGAGGUCUUAACGUUAUUUUACUUGUUGUUACAGGAAACGGAGCUACAUGAAGUAUCGAAGGCGUUCGGGUACUUGUUGACUUUACAGCUAACUCAACAGCCUAAAUCGACAACAACGACGGAUCUAUGGGCGAUGGACUGUGUGUUGGACCCUCUGUUGCUACGCUUCCGGUACCAUUUUGAACGACAUGAGAGCGCGACGAACCGACUAGCCAAGCCUGAAUGGUAUUUGACACACGUACACGAGCAAACUAAUGCACACACGCGGUUCCUGGCCCAUUCGCUUACCCCUGAGCUGCAUCGCCACCGCGAAGAAGUUCAUUGCUGGGACGCUCAGAUUCUUCUCCUGCGUGGGCUCGUCAAAGCUGCCAGUCGAAAACUUACACAAGAUCUGCCUACAUUACUAGCGGUGAGUGGUUUUGUAUGCAGAUAUCUGUUGGUUUAUGGAGCUAACUGGGGUUUUAUUGUGCAGUACUCGCCGUUGUUGUGUCAUACACUGGAUGAAGUGCUUCUAUUCGAGCAGAACAUUGACGAGGACAUUGGCUACGGCUCCUGGGCGAGCGCAGACCGCCGUGCUUACCCUCGUUGCAUCGAUGUAUUCACAUCAAAUAGUGACGUGCUGUUCGCCUGGACCAGCGCAGAUGUUGAGUACGCACACCGUGUGCUGUCAGCGACUUUGGAGACGGAAUCUUCGGGUGACAAGAAAAACUUAGUGUGGCAACUGGAAGACGAUGCUACUACAUCAGAACAAGAGCUUGUUCCUCCGGUAGCGCAGCGGUUUGUAGCUCUGCUCGACUUUCUGUCGCAACGAUUUAUGCUCAUGGAGACGGAGGAGCACAGAUAUCUUUACGUCAUGCAAGUGCAUCUCCCGCUUCUACGUCGAUUUGGGCAGCAGUGUGAUGCCCGUGGACGUCGGUUAGUAAAUGCUUUGACCAAGAACACCCAGAGCUCGUGGGGAGAGCUGUUCGUGGUGGUGAAUGCGCUGCAGCAUGUGGCUCAAACACUAGCGAUUUGGGAGCAGAGUAGUGUCUUCCUGGAGCUCUCGAGGAAAGUGGCGCGCUCGGAGACGACGCGCGCUCAAGUGCUGCGGAUGCACGUGGCGUACUCGAAGCAGGUACUUGCGCGUGCCUCUGCUGCUGUGUUGGCCACAGAAGAAGCCACUGCCGUUCGACAAGCGCUGGCUGGACCGGGAGCUAUGAUCGGACCUACGGCUGCACUCACCGCUGCAUAUUCGGUCGGAUCCAAGACUAUGAAGAGCCUUUUCCGUCGUGCAGAGACCGACGGCAAGAUUGAGGCUCCAGUGGAUAGUUCUCCGGCUGCUGAAGCGACCGACAACGACAACAACUCGGCGGAAGAUCAAGACGAUCCUGAGACACUCGUCUUCUCGCACACGAUAUUCGAGCUGCAGAUUGCGGAGCUCAAGGCUCUGGCUUCGACGCUGCUUGAAGCAGGAAAGAAUGCGUUAGUGCGAACAGUGGAGCGUGACGUGGAGAAUUAUCGCUCAAGCCCAUUCUGGACGGAGACAUACGAUGACAAUGCAGACGAAAAGCAGAUCGUGACCGGAGUGUCCUGUGAGUUGGCGGGCUGCUACACGCUCGUCCGCAACGUGCUGUUGUGUGCCCGUAAGCUGCUGGUAUCCGAAUGCUGGCCCGCUCUUUGGAAACCUUUGGCUUCGGCUCUGGACAACGCUCUCUUUGAUGCCUUCUACAACCCUGCGGUCACGGAGGAUUCCUCUCAACUGAGCUGUGCUGGGGAGCGCCAAUUCGUUGAAGACAUCAAAGCCCUCGUAGCUGUAUUCACUGCCGGUUCCUCAAAGGCUUUGCCCCGGUCGUAUCUCCGUCUUACUCGCGAGCUUUGUCAUCUCUUGGAGAUGCCUGUUGCUCGAUUGCGUGAUGUGUUUCGAGCUCUUGGAGAUGAGGCCACAGCCGAAUCGGAGGCUCCGGUGGAGCAACUUACGACCAUCUUAGAGGCGUGCGGGAUCUUCUCUCUGACGCCAGCUCAAGUCGUGCGGAUAUGCACCACCCGCUUGGAUGUUCACGGACGAGAAACGACUACGAGUUUGGCAUAAUUCUCGGUGAUAUAGCUGCAGUAGAGGCAUGGGCUAGUGCAGACAAAAGAGAGAGAUUGAAGCAGCUACAGAUGGCGUAAUUGUAUGUGAGAUGAUCAAGUGUAAACCAUGUGUACUUAGUGGUUAAUAGGUACAUCUAUCAUGCUGUAGGACGCCCGGUCUCGUCGAUAUAGCUGCUCGGAGUCAUGACAGCUCCCUCUAAUACUCGGGACACGUCCUUGAGGUUGC